AACCCCGCCCUCCCGAGCUGCAGGUCCCGUGACGGAGGGCAGGCCGGGGUGCGCUUAUCGAACGCACUCUCUCCUCUCAGAGGAAACGGGAUGCAGGCUAGCUCCGGUACAGGUAACGGGCUUAUUUACGGUUUUAUUCACUCCCGGGACGAUGGCACAAAAUAACGUUAGACAACGGAUGUCAGAAUUAGCCCAAGCUAACGGAAACCGGUGUCGUCGUGUGGCGGGAAGCCCGGCUCUGCGUCGGGUUGUUGUUUAGGUUAGCUGCCUCGCUAGCUAGCAGCCUGCUUCUUUUAACGGUUUACCGGGAGUUAGCCUCGGAGGAGACAGCUAACCGCCGCCUGCUCAAAGCUACGUUAAAUCUCUACCGGGACUUUCUCACACGGUGGGCGGAGGAGCGCUGCUGUAGGAGAAACGACGCCUGUAAACCUGCAGGAUGCGCUAGCGGAUGUAGUUAGCAUCAGGCCCGAAGACCAGCGCACUUCCGCCCCGGGAGCUCAGACCCUCUCUUCUUUCAUGGUCACAAUGGAGUCAGCCCUGAACACGCUGCCGCAGUUCCCUGAAAACUCCUAUAAAAUGACUGAGGAGGAUGUGAAGAGGCUGAUUGAGUUCAGGGCGUCCAACGAGGCUCUGUUCACAGGGAAAAGAAACUCUGCCAAGAUAGCGUGGAGCACCAUCUUAAAGGGCCUCGGGCUCGAAGGCAAGUUGACAGCGGACCAGAUCGCCAAGAAAUGGGACAACCUGCGGACAAAAUACAAGGACCUGAAGCAGCCCUACCAGGGCCAGGACAGCAUCGGGGGUGUUGUAGAGUCGUGGCCCUGGUUCCACAUCAUGGAUGAAGCCAUGCAGGGUCGCCUCUACAACAGCAACCUGGUGCUCAGCCCAGAGACCGCCGCCAGUGCAGGUCACCGUGGCAACAGCCAGCACAACCAGAACCAGGAGAACACCGACAUCCUGGAGUUCCUCAUCAAAACGGAGAUGGAGGACACGGUGGCGGCGGAAACCGCCGAGGAUGACGGGACGGUUCACGCAGAGGCGCCUCCCGCUGAGGGAGUCCCUAUGGGCUGGAGGAGGAUGAGCGAGUGCUCCUAUAAAAUGACUGAACCAGAAACGGAAAGAAUGAUCAAACUUCGAGCUGCGAACGAAGCGCUCUUCACCGGCAGGAAGCAUUCGGCCAAACCGGCCUGGAGAGCCAUUCUGUACGAGCUGGGUCUGCAGGGGAAGCUGACCACGGAUCAGUUAGCAAAGAAGUGGGACAACCUGAAGAGGAGGUACAAGGAGCUGAAGUUUCCCGCUCGAGGCGUGGAGACGAACCCGAGCUCCUGGCCCUGGUUCUACCGAAUGAACGACGCCAUGGAGGGACGUUUCGCCGGGGCGGCGCCCAUCCUCACGCCUAUCGUGGAGGACGAAGACGAGGACUGUGAGUCGCUGUCGCCAACGCCCAAGAAACGAGCCCGCCGGAGCCGAGGGGGAAUGGCCGAGUUCCUGACGGAGUCGGAGAUGGACCUGCUGGUUGAUAAUGAAGAGAAGAACGGAUCCUCGGCUCUGGGAGAUCUGCACCGCAUGGCCGAGUUCACAUACAAAUUGACUGAGGAAGACACCAGGCGACUAAUUGAGUUACGAGCUGCUAAUGAGUCUCUGUUUACUGGGAGGAGGAACACUGCAAAGCCGGCCUGGAGGGGAAUAGUGAAGGAGAUGGGCCUGACGGGGAAGAUAACACCUGACCAGGUCGCCAAGAAGUGGGACAACCUGAAGACCAAAUUCAAGGACCUGAAGUUUCCUCCUCGGGGGAUGGAGGGCCAGACUAACCCGGCCUCCUGGCCCUGGUUCCAGCUGAUGAGUGACGCUCUGGAGGGACGGCUGGCGGGAAAAGCUCCCCGAGUGACGCCCGUCUGGAGCAGCGAGGAGGACGGCGUCUUCGGCUCGUCUCCGCCUCCCGACAGAGACUGUUUACUGGCAGAGAGGAGCAGCGUGUCAGAGCUGGAGAGCAUGGUGGGGGGAGACAACGCCGAGGCUGACGGGAACGUGACCUACAUCGACGCCAGUGGAGAGGAGUGCUCGACGCCCUCAGACCUCUCCUACAAAAUGUCAGACCAGGACACCAGGAGGAUGAUUAAACUUCGAGCUGCUAACGAGGCGUUGUUCACUGGGAGGAGAAACGCUGCCAAAGCUGCCUGGAAGGCCAUCCUGAAGGAGCUCGGGCUGCAGGGAAAAGUCUCAACCUACCAGAUGGCAAAGAAAUGGGACAAUCUGAAGAGGCGGUACAAGGAUCUGAAGUAUCCUCCUGUUGGGAUGGAGAGUGUAGCAGACGGCACCUCCUCCUGGCCGUGGUUUCACCUGAUGAAUGAAGCCAUGGAGGGCCGCCUGGCGAGCAGCGCCCCCCUCCUCACCCCCGUCACACAGGAUGACGAGCAGCACCCCGACCCCGCCCCCAGACACAGGUCCCGCCCCGCCCCUCCCCCUCCCCCCUCCUCCUCCUCGGACUACGGACAGGAGGCGUUUGGCGCCGCCGCUGAGCAGAACCAGCGGAGCUCGGAGGCGUGCGACGGGCCGCUGGGAGGACUUGAGAGGGAGUGGGAGAUGGUGGAGAGGGAGAGGGCGGCGCUGGAGCGGGAGAGGGAGAUGGUGGAGAGAGAUAGGGCGGCGGUGGAGAGAGAGAGGGCGGCGGUGCAGGCGGAGAGGCUGUGGCUGGAGAGGGAGAGGGCGGCGGUGGAGCGGGACAGAGCCAUGGUGGAGCAGGAGAGAGCGGCGCUGGGCCGAGAGAGGGAGGUGCUGGACCAGAGAGCCUUGAUGCUGAACUCUGUAGGACACUCUGGACACCUCAACGCCCUCAUGUAGACCAUCGGGCUCUGGGGAUGUAGACCGUCCCUGUAGAGACAUCCUGGUCUGUCGUGGAGGUCUGGACCACGCUGACAGACCGCAGAGGAGAUGUAGACCCGCAGCACCGCUGUGGUCGAGCCACGUUUGGAUGUAGACGCGGUGGCUGUCGGUCUUCUACACAGAGCCGGGUGACGGACGGAGAAUUGACCUCGCUGGCUGACUGGUCCUGGAGGUGUACACCACCCGGGGAUGUGGACCGGAUUAAUAGGAGGGCUGCACAAUUAAUAGUAAAAUAAUCCCAAUCAUGAUUUUUCCUUCCACGGUUAUUUAAAGAGUUUUUGAGGCCGAUGCUAACAGAUAUUCGGAGUUUUAAAAAAUCCAAUAUGUCGGCUGAUAAUUAAUUUUUUAACAUAAAUGAUCUUGAUACAGAUUCCUUAAUUUAGUUUUUUUUUAAAGAAUUGUGACCAAGACACGAUACUGAGGGACAUUUCAGUUUUCUCAGUUUGGCAUUUGUGUUCUGCAGUAUAAACACAGAUACUGAUAUAUCUGCAGUAAGCUGAUGUCGCCCCACCUCGCCGAUUCAUUGGUCUCGCUCUAGUUUGCACUUCCUGACCUGAGGCGGUACUCACCUGUAGAGGUAUCCCGGCGUCACAUCGUCUGAAGCUUUGAGUCUUGUGCUCGAAGUUAGUGUCUGCAGGACAGUUUGCUCCAACGCGACUGCUUGUCGGGCGGUCGAACAGCGUGUGAAACCCCCGCCGGGGGGGGGGGGCUUUGUCCUGCGAUUUCGGUAACUUUCUGCAAACAAUAAUCUGAUAUUCACUCACACUUCACGCUCCACAAACAUUUGCCUCUUGAAAUUUGAAACAUGGCGGUCUACGGUCGCACCGACUGCACGCUGCUCAUUGUUGGCGAUUGGCUCCGUGGUCGAUGGUACCGCAGUCAUUUCCUUUUCCGCCUUCCUCCAAAACACAGUCAGUUUCUAAAGAUGAGAAGAACGUGGAGGCAUGUAGAAAACAACACGAGUGCUGUACAGCGGCAACAUGCUUUAACUGUCACGUGUCUCCAUUAAACUACAUGCAACACAGAAGCUCACAAUACAAGACAUGAAAAGCAAUGAAACUGGGAGUAUUAGUGUCAACACUAGCCUUCCUGCGUAUCGCUGUAGAUGUGUCCACAGCGCCCACUACAGCGCUGGAGAGCAGCGGCAGCUCGCACGAGUAUGUGCACAAUGACGGACAGUGUGCACGCACCCGCAGAGGAGAUGGAGCGUGGGUCACUGCUGCUGCUGUUGUUUUUUUAAAUUAUUUUGACGUUUUUCCGCUUUAUUUGUUAGUUACAGUCCAGAGAGAGACAGGAAGGGCAGGGGAGAGGGGAUGACGUGCAGCAAAGGGCCCGGGCCGGACUCUAACCCCGGCCCUGAUACGUGAUACCUGCUCUACCAGGUGAGCUACCGGGGCGCCCCGAGCUUGCUUUGUUUAACCUUGUAGGCCAAAGUGGUAGCACAGAGUAGUUAACACACACUCACAUAACUAAACAGUUAUUUUACUUCCUUCACAUGUAGCAGAGUUAGACGGGACCUGAGAGGCAAACUGGCGCAUUUGUCAUGAAACAUAUUUGAAUUCCUGGCAUGAAGGCAGUAUUUACAUAGAGAAAAUUUUAAAUGACGAUAAGACUUUUAGGAAUGAGACGCUCACAUAUCACAUGUCCACGUAUCAGGCUGCCCUCCUCAGACGGUGGAGGUGAAUACUGCUGCCUGCUGCUCAGCGGCGUCCGAUAUCUCAGCUGGAGACAGAAGUUAUGUUGUGUGGAGAACCGGUCUGACCUAAGAUAUUAAUAUUGCUGCAGUCAACAGGAUGAAAUUAAGUAAAGGACUAUAAAACCAUGACAAUAUAAAAUAAUUGAACAUAACAGACAGUAGAAACAGUCGGUUGGGUGUUGUGAUAUUCAGAUUUCAGUUCCUGUGUAGUUUUCUCCAGAUGGCGGCGCCCUAAUACUGCGGUACGGCAAGUCUGCAGAGAGCGUGUUGUUAGAAAGAUGAUUUGCUAUCAGGACACUUCAGAGGGGAUUACCACUGUUACAACAUGGAGGAGACGGUGUUUACUGGAGACAAAUGAGAAAACGCUGUAAUAACUCUGCCCACAAACGCUUCGAUCGACAUGAUUGUUGUUUAACUGGUUAAAAACCCCGUUGGAGAGUUUUACCGGACGAACAGGUCAAGCAUCAUGUAACUCACUUUCUCUCCUUUUUAUUUGGCGUCAUGCUGUGUUUGCAUUAUUAAUAUGCUGCUGCCAAUUUUAGUUAUUGUAAGCUUUAAGAAAUGACACUUAAUGUAAAGAAGUAUUUGUACAUUUUAAAGUACAACACCAGUGCUCCUCUUUCCCCCGAUUUAAAACCUUUAUAACUUCGUGCAUCAGACUGAUUCCAUCAUUCUUCAGUGUGGAAACAUGAUGCAACUACACAUCACUUCUUUAUAAGUCUGAGCAACGAAAAAACGAACAGAAUAAUAUUAAUAAGUAAGGUGAUAUUAUACACAAUGCAUCACUGAGACACUAUAAAGGGGAAUCACUGAAUUUGAAUGUGACUCAAACUGUUUAAUGUAUAAUAACAUUUUAAAAAGAUGUAAAUGAUUGUACUUCUCAUUUUAGAGAUAAUUGUGCAGCUCUGCCUGUUUAGACCUCUGAGUGUUGAACGCAGGUGUGUUAUUGGACCCUGGAGGUGUACACCAGUGUUCCCAGUAGGCUAACCUGAGAUGGAAACCACUUUGGACCGAUGAUGUGGGGACGUCUCAUCGGAGGAAGUUCAAGCCAAACAAAAGCAGUUUAGCCCGGACGCGAAUCUACAUCAUAUACUCUAAUGUGCAUUCAGGUGUUUCCCACACAGAAUUUAUUUGGGCGGCCCACCCGAAGACAAUUCGCCCAUUUUUGUAUUUAUUUACAAAAGCUUUUUUUGUACGUUUUUAUUUAAAAGUCGUGAUGGCAGUCGGAGCUGCGCUCUCGCCCCGGUUUGUUCCUCUCAUGCGUCCUUACACUCAGUAACCAGCGGUGUCUGACAAACCCAAGAGGAGGUUUAACUAAACUUCCUGCUGUCCUGAAGGUUUUUCCAGGAUCCUCAAAGACUCUUCGAACGUCUGCAUGAAAAAAUAUUCUGUCUGCUGCAACAUGAACCAGAUUUCUAACGUUUCACUUCUGUUUCCUGAUCCAAACGAAGACGGAGCGACGUGUCUCUUUGCUCGAUUUCAACGACGUGAAACGAGAUUAAAAAGUUACAUUAGCAGCUAUAUUUGUCUAUAUUGAUGUUACGUUGCAUAAUUUUAUACUUUAUAUAAAUCAGGAGUAGGACAAAACUUAAGUUGUUUGUUCAUGCGUCGCAUGUUUCAGACAGACGCGCUUCCUCAGCUGCAAACUGUCAGCGGUGUUGCAACCAAUCACAGGAGAGCUGGGCCACUUAAUGAUUAUAAUAAUGUCGACUGGAGAUUUCUCAUCGGGAUUCACAAAACAAUAUUUAUGUUCACAAGUUCGAGCUUUUAAAUGACGCUUUGUUUUGCCGACAUGAAGUAAAAAGUGGCAUCACGUGUUUAACUGCCAGUUUCAUUGCACUGUUUUAUGUGAUAUUACUUCCUGUCACCUCGAGCUCUUGUGACGGCCAUUUUUCACAGGUUUUUUUCAGGUUUUGUACACCGAACUAGAGGAUUAGUCUAUUAAUCAAGUAGUUGAUCAACAUAAAAAUAAUAAACUAUUUUGAUAAUUGCUUGCUUCGAGCAGAAAUGCUGAAAAUGCCCCAGAUUCAGCGUCUCAGUCGUGAGGAUUUGCUGGAUUUUUUCAAAUGUCUUGUUAGAAAACAGAUAAAACCCAGACAGAUAAACAAAAUGCAUUUGUACAUUUCUGGAAAAAAAAGCAUUAAACGUGUGACUAAUAACAGGUUCUAAUAAUUACAGUUAAAACCUCUUUACAAUUCACUUCUGUAGUAAGGGGCACUUGAGUCCUGUGAGGCAUUCAGGUUCAUUUAUUCCACGGAAAUGUGACGCCUGCAGCGGCAAACAGCCUAAAACAUUUCCCCAGUUUGGUGGUUGUGCUGUCCGACUCCUGAAUUUUGAUUUUGAGGAUUCACCACCGUCAAAAGCUCCAGAAAACACAGUGAAUGAAAUUAUUUUUAUCAAACAAAUAAUGUAGUCUUUGAGGGUUCCCUGCUUCACGAGGUCGACCGCCACAAUAAAUUCUCUUCCUGUUGGAAACACUGAAACUUCCGCGGCCCUGGAGAUGGACCGAGUCUCAGUCUCUGCAUCGUUAAACCUGCACAGACUUUAGCUGAACACUGAUGAUGUUGGAAACAGAAGUUCAGCUGGAAGCCUUCAGCUGUACAUUAAAUCUUCCCUGUGAAUGCAAUAAUGUGUUGUGUCAUCCGGGCCAAAGUCUGAAUGUGUCUAAAACAUCAUGUCUGUCGGUUUGCAGCAUCCAUGUGAAAUGUUUUGUCAUUUGAAAACAGCAGUAUUUACAUUAUAUCGUUGCUAAAAACACAGAUGAUUGUCUGCAGACUGAUCUUUAACCAAAGUCCAUCUGUUUUGUUUGUAAAUCUAUUUUUCAAGAAGCGCCUGAUGACAUGUUCGUGUAGCCUUCAAUAAACGGACCAGAACCA